GCAGCGGGGGCGCGCGGGGGAGCGGCGAUGGCGUCCUCGUCGGGCAACGACGACGACCUCACGAUCCCCAGAGCGGCCAUCAAUAAGAUGAUCAAAGAGACGCUCCCGAACGUGCGGGUGGCCAACGACGCGCGCGAGCUGGUGGUGAACUGCUGCACGGAAUUCAUCCACCUGAUAUCGUCCGAAGCCAAUGAGAUUUGCAACAAAUCGGAGAAGAAGACCAUCUCGCCGGAGCACGUCAUCCAAGCACUAGAAAGUUUGGGCUUUGGCUCUUAUAUCAGUGAAGUAAAAGAAGUCUUACAAGAAUGCAAGACGGUAGCAUUAAAAAGAAGAAAGGCCAGUUCUCGUUUGGAAAAUCUUGGCAUUCCAGAGGAAGAGUUGCUGAGACAGCAACAGGAAUUAUUUGCAAAGGCUAGACAGCAACAAGCAGAAUUGGCUCAACAGGAAUGGCUUCAAAUGCAGCAAGCUGCCCAACAAGCACAGCUUGCUGCUGCAUCAGCCAGUGCAUCCAACCAGACAGGAUCUUCUCAGGAUGAAGAAGAUGAUGAUGAUAUCUGAAAUUCACCAGCUGAGUUCCUAUUUCCUCUAUAAAUGUUUUCCCCUGCACAAGAAAACAGUGAAAGAAAUGCUUAUCUGUAAUUUCGUAUGCAUCUUGAUGGACUUGCCAUUGGUAUUCUAGGGAUGUCUGCUGUUAAGUUUCACCUGUUGUGUGCUAUUAAUAUAAAAACUGUCUCUUUGAACUAUUGAACAUUUAAGGUUCAGUAUAAUAUCAAUUUUGAAUUUUUAAUGGCGUUUAUGAAAUUUUAGAUAGCAGUGAGUCCUUUAUUUGAUCAAUAAACAGUGUUACAGAAAACUUCCAAGUUUAUAAAAAUACAGUGAAAUUUAUACAGAAACUCGAAAUCUGCAUUGCAUUUCCUCUGCCCUUUUAACUAAACUAAAAAUUGGGGAUUUUAAAUUAUUGGGAGGGCGUGCUGUGUAAUGCAGUAGACAUUAGCUCAGGUUGGUGAAAAAACAGAAUUCAGUUCUGUAGUAUAUGAAUUUUUUGUCUUUUAAAAUGAGUGUAUAUACAAACAAUACACAUAUAUGCUCAAAAAAUAAAACUCUUUAGGAAAAUCUCAAAAUAAGACAUUCAAAAACUAGAGUGGAAUAUCUUCAACCUUAUUAGUUGUAUGAAUUUGGUGGGCUAUGUUUUUGACUUUGUUUUAUGUAGAGGUAAAAGCUUUAGUUUUAUUAUGACAUAAUUCAUCUUGAGCUACCUUAUUAUAUUUCAAAGACUGCCCAAUUUUGAGGACUGUUAUGAUUCUUACUAUUUCACUCCAAUCCAAUAAUUGUUAAUAGUAUUACUUGCUUAUUAGUCCAUCCAUGUUUAUUGGAAUCUGUGAAACAAUUACUUAGGUUCCAUGGGUUUAACUGAGGUUCAUAAAUAUUCAGACCUUUACUGGGGGAAAGAAAUUAAAUUCAAUGAGCAUGCUUGCUAUAAAAGAGGGAUUUUUUGUAAUUUAACUUGUAGUUAUAGCCUACUUAUUGUUUGUUUUUAGCAUUAUUUUUACAUUUUCUUGACUAGAUGACCCAGAGGUCUAAUGCAUCCUUUUGAAAAGGCAUCAUUUGUCUCCAUCAUAAUUGAGUGAUAGCUUUAAAAAUCUGGGGUUUUUUUGUUUAAGAAAGUGUCUCAUAAUUGAUUGACCCUUUAUGAAAGAUACUUAUCAACCAGCUCCUUGAAAGGGAGAAACUUUAUUUUGGUUCCCGUAAGUAAAGUAUGACAAUGAUUUUUAUAGGAGUCUAGUGUAUUGAACACAUGGCAUAUUGAUGUAUUUUGGAAACAAUGGAAAAAGCCACUUAAGAUAGUAUAAAGUAAUCUAAAUUUCUAUGUCAGUUGCCAAAUCAUUUAAAUUUCUAUAUUCACCAAACACACAGAUAGAUGGCAGCUGCCAGUAUUCCUAUUUUAGUUGGAGAGAGCUGAACAAGGUUUACAAGUAUUAGAUUUCUUACUGUUAUUUUUCCAGUUUUAGAAAAAAUGAAAUAUUGUCAUGCAGUUAAGUAAAUACACUUCCCAAUGCCAUGAAAAGAUUAAUCUUGCUGAACAUUUAUUUAAGUUACAGUGUUUUAAGUUGAAGUUGAUACUGUAUCCAUGCAGUGACAAGGAGAAAGGAUUGUUGGGUUUUUCCCCCCCCCCUAAAGUUUAAGUACCAAAGGUAGUCUAGUCUAAGAGAUAAGUGUUGGCUUUUCUGAUUUGUGUUGUAACAUCCUUAUACUUUUUCUGUUUUAAGUAUAUCUGUUUCUUAAGUAAAUAAUUUGGAUUAUUUUUCCACACUUUUUUUCCUGAUGCAGAGUCCAGGUUAAUUAAUAUUUUACUGCAUCUGAUAAUGUAUUAUAUGUGUGAAGCAUAGUGACUUUUCAUUUGGACAUUCUCAUGAUUUCAUAUGCUGUAUUCUUCAAGCAAUAAAAUUCUGAUGUGUUUUAUAAAUUGUUUUUAUAUUUAAUAAUCUGUACAUUUUAAUGGCAACAAAUUUCUCCUAUUACCAUUUUUAUUAUUUUCAAGAAUUUCAGGCCCAGAGGCAUUUUGAUCAUUUGGUAUACAGAACCUUAUUUCCUCCUUUGCUUACUGUUAUUUCAGAAAAUGUGGUUUUACUUGUAUUUUUGUAAUUUAAAGUCCUAAGAAUCAGAAAAAAAACAAAGCUAGUUUAGCAAUGCUUACUUUUAGCUUCUUUUUUAGCAUUUUAAAGUCUCCUAUUCUGUCCAUUGUUGAGGUUUUAAAAAUCUUUUGGAGAAAGAAAAUCUUUAGGGUUCUUGAGAAAUAAAGUUAAUGUUUAGUAUUUUCCUCACCUCCUUGAACAUACUUCUUUUUUAGCAGAAGAUCAGACUCAUAAGUGUUGGAAAGGGUCCAGUUUUUAAAACUGCAUAUACCAUACAUAGAGUACACAAACAUGGACUUUCACAAAUUAAACAUACUUAUAUCACCAGCACUACAGCAUUAUGAGCACCCUGGAAACCUUCCUCUUGCACCUCUCUUAACACUAUCUUCUUUUUCCUCCCAGAAGUCACUAUUAUUCUGACUUCUAAAACCAUAGGUUAAUUUUAUUUUAUAUCUUUUUUUCCUCAUCAUUUAUUAUAUUUUUAAUGUGUUUAUUUCCUGUUCAUACAGUAACAAAUCACGCAAAUUUAAGGACUUUAAACAAUGUAGACUCUUGCAGCACUCUAGUUCAGAAGUCCAAAAAGUUUGAUUAAGCCAAAGUCAAGGUGUCAGUGGGUUGGUUCCUGAAUUGGAGGUUGUGAGUGGAGAGUCUGUUUUCUUGCUGUCUUUAGCUUCCUCUGGCUGUCUAUUUUUCCUAGAUGAUAGCCCCUUCUAACAUGUUCAUAGCCUCUGCUUUCAUUCUCACAUCAUCUUCUCUUCUUCUACAGUCAGAUCUACUGCUGCUGCUACAUUUAGGGCCCAGUUGGAUAAGCCAGGACAAUCUUUGCGUUUCAAAAUCCUUAGUUCAGUCACAUUUGCAAAGUCUCUCUUGCCAUACAAAGUAACAUUCACAGGUUCCAGGGAUUAAGUCUUGGAUAUCUUUGGAGGCCAGGGUGACAUUCAUGUCAGCACAUCUAUUUCAUUCAUUCUCAUUCUCAUGCACAUAUCAGUGCAUGUAGUUCAUUCUCAUUACUGGAUAGUAUUCCAUUAACUUAUAGUUUUUAUUAUAUCCAAAGUAUAUUUGUUCUACCAUUGGUGGACAUUUGAGGAAUUUCUAGCUUGAAUAUAUUAUGAAUCGUGCUGUGGAAACCAUUCUCAUGCAUGUCUUUUGGUGAGCGUACAAGUGCAUUUCUCUUGAAUAUAUGAGUGGAGUUACUGAAUCUUGAAAUGUGCAUGUAUUCAAGUUUAGUAUGUAGUGUCAGUUUUCCAAAGUGUUUGUAAAAAGGCACCAUUUUAAUAUGUACCAUAAUAAUGAAUUACCCUAAUGGUCUAUUGACCUGAGAAUGUUAAUAAAUUUCACAAAAUACCUAAAUUAUAUCAAGUAAAUUCUACUGGUUACAGUGCUACUUAAUAUCAUAUGAAAGGAAUGGAAAAGUGGAAAAGCAAAGUAUUUUUUUGUGUGUGUCACAGACAAGUAGUAUACACUCAUUAGAUUAUUGCUCCUCAGAAGAAAUGCAAGUUUUGGGUAAUC